AUGGACGGGGCGGCUUGGAGCGGGGUCCUGGCCGCGUUGGUGGCUUGCUGGUUGGCGGUGGGCGCCGGGAGUUCCCCGACGCCGCCACCCCCCGCGGGGGGCGCCCCCCAGGACACCUGCACGUCCUGCGGCUUCCGGCGGCCCGAGGAGCCGGGCAAGGUGGACGGGGAUUUCCUGGAGGCGGUGAAGCGGCACAUCCUGAGCCGGCUGCAGCUGCGGGACCGGCCCAACAUCACCCACGCCGUGCCCAAGGCGGCCAUGGUCACGGCGCUGCGCAAGCUGCACGCCGGCAGGGUGCGGGAGGACGGCCGGGUGGAGAUCCCCAGCCUGGACGGGCAGGCGAGCGGCGGUCCCCCGCUGCACGAGCAAGUGUCCGAGAUCAUCAGCUUCGCCGAGACAGAUGAUCUGGCCUCAUCUAGAGUCCGCCUCUAUUUCUUCAUCUCAAAUGAAGGGAACCAGAACUUGUUUGUCGUUCAAGCCAGCCUGUGGCUUUACUUGAAGCUGCUUCCAUAUGUCUUAGAGAAAGGCAGCAGGCGAAAAGUAAGAGUCAAAGUCUAUUUCCAAGACCUGGACGCUAGCAACAAGUGGAAUGUGGUUGAAAAGAAAGUUGAUCUCAAAAGAAGUGGUUGGCACACUUUUCCCAUGACAGAGGCGAUCCAGGCUCUGUUUGAGAAAGGAGAAAGGAGACUGAACCUGGAUGUUCAAUGUGAGGGCUGUGAAGAGUAUUCAGUGCUGCCAAUUUAUGUGGACCCCGGGGAGGAAUCCCACCGGCCUUUUUUAGUGGUGCAAGCCCGAUUAGCUGAUAACAAACACAGGAUCCGGAAAAGAGGCCUGGAGUGUGAUGGCAGGACCAAUCUAUGUUGCAGGCAACAGUUUUACAUUGACUUUAGACUCAUUGGGUGGAAUGACUGGAUCAUAGCGCCAUCAGGUUACUAUGGGAAUUACUGUGAAGGGAGCUGCCCAGCCUACCUGGCUGGAGUCCCAGGAUCAGCUUCCUCUUUUCACACUGCGGUAGUGAAUCAGUACCGCAUGCGAGGGCUGAACCCAGGCACCGUGAACUCCUGUUGCAUUCCAACCAAACUUAGCACCAUGUCAAUGCUGUACUUUGAUGAUGAAUACAACAUUGUGAAAAGGGACGUUCCCAAUAUGAUUGUGGAAGAAUGUGGUUGUGCUUGA